AGAGGAAGUUGUUUUUAUUUCCGUUCAGCGUUGUAUGUAUUUUGUUUACGCCGUCGGGCCUCCGCGCCGACGUGAAAAUACUUGUUUCAAGGUUGCCUCUAAAACCUCUCUAAAAUUAAUAUGGCUGACAAUUCAAAGAAAAUGGAGUGGACAGAUGAGCACGAUUUAUUGUUGAUGAGAGAAAUGAUGGUUAGUGAUCUGUUUCAAUACAAAAAGGGAAGCCCCAAUCGGGGAUUAGUAUGGGAUUCUAUUGUCGAAAACUUAAAUAAAACGGAAGCGCCAGUCUUUACUUUAAAAGACAAGAGAAGUGUUCGAGACCGGUGGAGUCUUUUAAAAGCUAAGUUCAAGCAGAAGAUGCGCGAAGAAGAAAGGGCAAGUGGCAUUGAUGUCGACGAACUGUCGGAGAAAGAAAGUUUGAUUAAAGAGUUGUGCCAAAAAGAGGACAGCUUCCUUGAGGUAGCAUCAGUUCAAAAGCAAAAGGAAAAUGCAAAUGCUAUUGAUAUAAGGAUGACAGCCUUGGAACGAAUGGGCGAAACAUGCAAGAGAAAAUCUGAUGGCAAAACUCAGAUGUUAAGCUUAAGAAAGUACGCCGCGGAAGUUGUGAAUUAGUCGAAUAUUUGAGAGAAAGAUCAAGCAAGGAAAUUGAAAUCCGUCGUGCAGAACUAGAAGUAAAGCGAAAUGAGCAAGAAAUACAAAAUCAAUUGAGUACCCAAGCAGCUACACAACAAACAGAAGUCU